AUAUACAUAUAUAUAAUUCUUUUGAAAACUACACAAAAAUAAUUAAAAAUAUCCAAAUAUUAAUUAAAUUGAUCAAUAUCGACUAUCGUUAUCUACUGUCGGCUAUGAUGAUUGCUGUAUUAAAAUGUGUUGUAUGUAACAUAUAUAUGGUUGAAAUCUUGAUUGACAACAGCAAAUUUCAUCAUCAUGUUAAAAGGAUUUAUUCAAAAAAGUUAGAAUACAGUGAUUAAUAGUUCAAAAAAAUUAAGGUUUUUAUCGUAUAGUGUUUUUGCCUUUUAAUUGGUUUUAUCUAAAAUUGCAAAAAAGAAUUUAAUAAAUUAAACGUCAAGAAAAGACAAUAAUCAAUGAAAAAUAGAUUGUUCUGUUUCGAAAUUAAUAAUGUAAUAACAAAAGAUGAUAACAAACAGUUAAAAAUUUUCUUGAAGUUUUUAGUACGGAUGUAUUAGAAUUACGAGCUGAGCUUUAUACGUGAUUAAAAAUAUGAAAAAGUUACAACUGGGAAAAAUUUUUAAACGAAAAAUAGUAAAAAAGAAAUGUAUAUGAUCAAUCUUCAUUUCUUGCCCAUUAAAGACAUAUUAAAUACAUAUAUACAAAAAUAAUAUUAAUAUGAGUAACGUAACAUCUCAAAAAGUUACAUUAAAAUCAGUGCUACGACUUAAUAAUAAUGAUUUCAAAGAGUUCAUAUGCGGUUGGGGUGCAGCUGUUAUUAAUGUUUCUAUUACCUUUCCUCUUAAUAAGAUCAUAUUUAGGCAGAUUUUAGAAGGUGUUCCAGCAGGUACUGCUCUUCAACAAUUAUCUCGAGAAGGAAUAAAAUUAUUAUAUCGAGGCAUUCUACCACCAUUGUGUCAAAAAACUCUAUCAGUUAGUUUAAUGUUUAGUACAUAUGAAGGAUGUAAACAAAGAUUGUACAUGUUGACAAAUAAUGAAAUUCUUGUCAAAAUACUAGCUGCCAAUAUGGCUGGUGCUGCCGAAGCUAUUCUCACGCCACUUGAAAGAGUACAAACACUAUUGCAAGAUUGGCGGUAUUAUGAUAAAUUUAAAAAUACUCCUCAUGCAUUCAAAUAUCUACUAACUAAUUAUGGAGUAGCAGAAUGUUAUCGUGCUUUAGUUCCUAUCAUCUAUAGAAAUGGAUGUUCUAAUCUUAUGUUCUUUACUCUUCGUGAUCAGUCAAAAGUAUUAUUAGGUAAUCAAGAAUCAUUGUUAACAAAUUUUAUUUGUGGAGCUUUAAUUGGUGGUUUUACUAGUACGGUAUUUUAUCCUAUGAAUGUAAUAAAAAUACAUAUGCAAUCUAAGAUAGGUGAACCGUUUGAAAAAUUUACAGCAGUUUCACGUGAAAUAUAUAUAUCUAGAAACAAAAGUAUAAGGUGGUUUUAUAAAGGUGUGCAUUUAAAUUAUAUACGUUCUUUCAUUAGUUGGGGUAUAAUAAAUGCAUCUUAUGAUUUUUUGAAAACUAUUAUAUUUUAAGAAGUUAAAAUGUAAUGUAAUGUAAUGUAAUGUAAUGUAAUGUAAUGUAAUGUACAUGAUAAUUAAGUUAAAUUUCAUGUAUAUAAGUAAUAUUAGCAAAAUUUAUUUUACUAAUAUAUAUUUUUAUUAUGUAUUUUCUCAAAGUGAUAUGUUAAGCGCACAUUUUUUCUGUUGCAAGAUAGUAGGAGUGCGUAUACAAGACUUAUUUUACAUAAUUUAUUUAUACAUUACUUUUGUGUAAUUCUUUUUUGUAGAGAAAAUUCCAUAAACUUAACAACUAUUAGUAAAAAUAUUUUGCAAGAA